AUGCACCAAAGAUUGAAUGCAGCUUCUAGUCAGGACCGGUUUUCUAUACACUCGCAAAAUGUAUCAUCUACGUCCGGCAGUGAUCACACAAAUCGAAUACCACAAAAUGCACACAUUUCAGAUACCUCGAAUCCUGGUGUGUAUCUUCCAAAUGAGACACAAGGGCCGUCUGAACCAUUGGAGGGCUACCCCGGAGAUAUCGACCAGACAUACAAUAACUCGAGCUCCAACAUCCCAAAAGCUUUCCCAAUUGAGUCAUCCAACAAUUUAGACUCCAAAAUGGGGGGCAUACAGCCGGGGAUGACCAUGGCAAAUAACCCCGAGGUGCCGCUAGAUUUUGAUCCCACGUUCUUUGACCAAUCCAUACUUUCAACCAUCAAUUGGCUCCCAGGGGAGCUGCUUUCUAGUGCUCCUAAUGGCCCCGCAGAGUCUACUGGUAUUUCCUCGCAAUACAACCAAUCCCUCAGUCCAAGUAUAUACUUCUCUCAGACAGCGUGGCAACCACCGGUUGUUAGCGCUGGGAAAAUGAGUCCUUUGCAAACAGAGCAGGUAUCUCAGACCCCCUCUGCGCAUGUUACUCUAGGAAACAACAUGGGAAGCCCCAAUCAACAUUCCCACGGUAUUAGCGAGCCUUCUCCUCAUAGCGAAUCUGUAGGUUCCGCCAAGGGAUCAGCGGAAUACUAUGUCGAUGGUGCGCCAUCCCGACCCCCAAAGCAUGAGAAGAAACACACGCCUUGGUCCAGCUCAUCUGUCGAGCCGGCUGAUAUUGGCAAGCAGCUACUCAUGGAAGAUGGCGAGCACCGGUUCGACUUCCCUAUCAUCUCCGAACUGCGAACAGAAAAGAUAUCGAAAGAUAUAGUCCGCUUCGCACAACGGAUUAAAACCUCCACCUACGACGAGAUUUAUCGGCACUUUGUUCAAAUGUGCUGCAAUGAAACUCCAAUUUUCAAGGUGUUCGAAUCGGACAGAUUUCCCACCAUGGACAAAUGCAACCAGUUCAUCCUCUUCUUUUUCGAUUCAUUUCAGGCCGUUUAUCCCAUAUUACCUCUUUCUCAGUUUGAUCCCAAUACGAGCCAUUGGCUCUUGACUUUGUCAAUAAUAACACUUGGCUGCCAUGUGUCCCACAUCCCCGAGAUGGAGCAGUGCACGACUGCUCUCCACGAGCUAAUUCGACGGGGUAUCUAUCUUGAGAAAGAAAAGAGUCGCCCUGGCCAAGCUUCUCUGGAGAUGUUACAAGCUAUGUUGUUCAACUGCAUUGGGCUUUUCCAUAGUAGGACUGAGCGAGAAAAAGCUUCGGCCUUGAGCACCUUUGGUGACUUGGUGACACUCAUGAAAGCUUCGCGAUUAUUGGCGCCGAUGCGAACGAAACCCAAUGAGGCGUCACAAGACGCAGCUUGGGUAUCUUGGAUUCAAGAUGAGGCCAGGAGACGCACCGGCUACUGUAUAUGGCUUGUGGAUUGUACUCUUGCAUAUUACUUUGAUAAUCGACCCCUGCUCUCCCUAGACGAUGGCCAAGCUGCAUUGCCUGCGCACGAGAAGCUAUGGCAAGCAAGGUCUGCAGAGACAUGGAAGCUACUGUGGACGGAGUCAUCUGCCAACGAAUCCUUAUACGACGCAGUCCACAUCCUCUACAUCGAGAAGAGAGUAGUAUCUGGGAUAGGAGAGUUUAGUCACAUCCUACUCAUCCACGCUCUCUACCACCGAAUGUGGGAAGUAGGAGACUACUUCCGCCGACCACUUUCCUUCUGGAACCCUACAGCAAAGAAGCAAUCCUGCGAGACCGCCAUCCCCACCGGUUCAGUGUGGCUCCCCGGAAUUCCCUCAUACUCCAAAUGGCGCAAUAGCGCAUGCGACUGCCUCGACAUCCUCCACUGGACCGCCAACAGCACCGUAGCCAAAGCCGCAGGUUUCGAGCACCCAACCAUUCUCCACCUCCACGCUGCCCGACUACUCCUCCUCACUCCAUUCCGCGAAAUCCGCUCCCUCGCAACCUCCCUAGCAACAGAAAAACAGCGCUGGAGCAAGCGGUACCAAUCCCUCGAGUGGCAGUACAUCUGGCGCUGGAUGAAACACGAUCAAUACAAAGCCAGGCUAUCAGUCAUCCACGCCGGCGUCACUCUCUGGCAUAUCCGUCGCUACUCGACGAACGCUUUCCACGAACCCGUCGCGGCGUUCAUUGCUGUGCUCACGCUAUGGGCGUAUGGAUCCUGCCACGCUCAUACGUCUCAUGAAUCCAGUCCGCGUUCCGGGGCGCGUGCGGAGCCGCUCCAUGAACGGAAAUUUGUUCAUCUUGAUCGGCCGUGCGCUGAUGAGCUUGUGCAGCUUUUUGUGAGGGAGGGUCAUGGCAUGAGAGGGAAUGUUACUGGUGUUGGUGAUAUCUGUGGGGCUGAGGGCCCGGAAAGGAUGCUGCGGGUUGGAUGUGAGAUCAUUUCGGGCUUGACGGCGUGGAGUAUCUCGAAGAAAUUCGUGGUUAUUCUGACGCGGCUGGCGGAUCUGAGCUCGUAUCACUCCUCUAGGGGACAGAAAUCCCGGCUUGAUGCUGAGAAUGUCUGA